AUGUCUCAAUCAAUAGAUUCAUUAUCCUAUGAUCAGCUACCACCAGAAUACACCCCCGAUGACACUCCUCUCCUGGAACAGCCAACCUCCAAUAGAUCCCUGAAAAGCCAUUCAAAACCCAAAUUGGUUGGUCAGACUUACAGAGAAAGAACACCAGUAUAUGGCUACCUGUAUGGACCUAGCCCUGCUUACACUGCUAGUAUUUUGGUUGUCGGUGAUACUGGUGUUGGAAAAGCUUCCUUGAUGUGGUCCUACAAAUAUAGGAAGCCAUCUACUUGCCGCAAUUGUCCAGAAUACAAAGAAUUUUCCUUAGAAAGGAAGAGACCUGAUGAUGUGCCAUUCCUUUUGAAAGUACUGCAUGAAGGUGGAGAUGUGGAAGAUCUUGCUAAAAGAGAUGUGGAAACCAAGCCAUACGAUAUUGUCUUGCUCUGUUUUGCAAUAGAUAACGUUGAAAGUUUGCUCAAUGUUCGAGAUAAAUGGUUUCCCCAGUUGAAACAACAGAUGGGUUCAGAAGAGAUACCCAUUAUAUUAGUAGGCACGAAAGUCGAUUUGGCGACUUCCAUACCACUUCAAUUCGUUGACGAAAUUUGCGAACACAUAGGAGCAAUCGAGUAUAAAGAGUGCUCAGCAAAAAACGACUAUGAUGUUCAAUGUCUUUUCCAUUUUACCAUCCACCGGUUACAUGAUAGAAAAUACAUGGAUAUAACAAGCGGUACUUCUUUUGAUGAUAAAUACCGGAAGGAAGAGGGGUCUCAGGACUGGAAAGCUGUGACCGAUGAAAAAUCAACACAUAAGGCGGGACAAACUGAUCAAUCGACCAAUAAAGAGAAGAAAAAGAAGAAGAAAAACAGUGAUUGUGUUGUGAUGUAA